CAAGUGGCGGAAGGAAGCAAAAAAAAUCCGCGACCCAGCGAGAUCCUUCAUCCCACCUGUCUGACCCGCGAGGAGCCGGCUCCGACACUCAGUGCAGAAACAACAAACAGAAGCAACAGGAUGUGGAACGAAAACAAACUGCGUCCACCUGCCGACCGCGGUCGGGCUGUAGCCGUCAUCAUCUUUGUGCUCGGUUUGGGAACUCUGCUGCCCUGGAACUUCUUCAUGACGGCCUCUCAGUAUUUCAACCAGCGCCUCGCAGCACCACCAAACAGCACAUCGGGCGGCUCAACUAAAGACUACAACUAUGACAGCUGGAUGGCCUUGCUUUCCCAGCUGCCCCUGCUGCUGUUCACUCUGCUCAACUCCUUCCUGUAUCAGUGGGUGAGGGAGCGUCUCCGCGUGGCCUUCAGCCUGAUCUUCAUCCUGCUGCUCUUCUGCCUCACCGCCGCUCUGGUCCAGGUCCCCAUGCAACCGGACACCUUCUUCUCCAUCACAAUGGCCACCAUCUGGUUCAUCAACAUGUUCAGUGCAGUGCUGCAGGGCAGUCUGUUCGGUGUGGUCGGUCUGUUCCCUCCUCGUUACAGCACUCUGUUCAUGAGCGGUCAGGGUCUGGCCGGGAUCUUCGCUGCACUCGCGAUGCUCCUCUCCAUCUUAAGUAACGCGGAUAAAAGCUCGGCUGCGUUGGGAUACUUCAUCACUCCAUGUGUGGCCACUCUGGGGACGCUGCUGUGCUACCUGCUGCUGCCACAGCUGGAAUUUGCAAGUUUUUACAUGAACAGAAAUCACUCUGCAACCGCGGAGAGGACACAGGAACUCCUCAGCAGCACAGAGAAGAAAGUCUUGAGCGACGUGGAUAAAGACCUCGAGGCCAAGAGGAAGUUCAUCAGUGAGCCGGAAGAGAUUCAGGAGCGUUCGUCCGUCUUCAAAGUCUUCAAGAAGAUCUGGCUGAUGGCUGCAUGUGUGACGUGCUUGUUCGCCGUCACCCUGUCAGUGUUUCCUGUGAUCACGGUCCGAGUUCAGACCGUCUACAAGGACAGCGCUGCCUGGGACAAAGUGUUCACCUGCGUUUGCUGCUUCAUCGUUUUCAACACCUUUGACUUGGUCGGCCGCGGCGCCCCGUCUCUCGUCCAAUGGCCUUCGAAGGAGAGCCGCCUGUUUCCUGUCGCUGUGUUGUCUCGUCUGGUCUUCAUCCCUCUGCUCAUGAUGUGCAACGUCCAGAACUCCAGACUCCCCGUCCUCUUCAGACACGACGGUGCCUUCGUCACCAUCAUGGUCCUGUUCUCCUUCUCCAACGGGUACCUGGCGAGCCUCUGCAUGGCCUACGCUCCACAGUUGGUGCACUGUAAAGACUGCGAGACAGCCGGCUCUCUGAUGACCUUCUUCCUCGUUCUGGGUCUGGCACUGGGAGCGUCGUUCUCCUUCCUGCUGGGAAAACUGGUUUAGACGACUGGGACAAGUAGAGCGCGUGAGACUUUGUUGAUCCUCGUUUUGGGGAAUCUGGUCUUUAACAAGAAGCACCUACUUGUGAUGAAAUGUCAGCACUGGUGAGAGUGGUGAGAACUUUUUACUGUUUUAUAACGGAAUGUUUGUACAUUAUUUUUAUACGUUUUCAUAACUGAGGAAAUUUUGUACUGUUCUUUGUUAUUUAUGUAUACUUAUUUAUGUAUUUUUUGUCUCUUGAUGAUAUUGUACUUUGACUUCAUUUUUAUCAAAAUCAACAGUCAUUUUCUUUUCCCUUUCAUAAUAAAAUGCACAACA